AUGUAUAUCCAACAGCAGCCACAGCCGCAGACCACAUACAAUUUAUCAAACGCUUCCAUCUGUGCCUUCGUCUUAACAGUCUGUGUUAGUUUUAACAAGGCCUUUUACCGGAUUCUUAUCAAUGGUUUAACAAUAGCUCUUUCGAUAAGCAAAUUCUGCUUUUGGAUGGUGAGAAGAUACAAAAACAGAGAUAAUUGGCUGUAUCAACCUGUUGAUCAAGCCAGACCAGAGGACUGGUCUGUUCAGUUUGAAGUAAGAGAGAGGCAGAUAGAGAGGUACAUCACCUUAAACAUUGUAUGCUCUUGGGUAACGAAUGGUCUCUCCUUGAAGCUGAAAGAUGAUCUCUUGAAGCUAAAGAACCCAUCACUAGAGUCAGUAAAAACAGAAAGUAAGUACGGAGCAUAUAAGAUAUACGAGGCUAAACCAAUCUUCUUUAAGGAAUCAUUUCACUUAUCCUGGGUUCAUGUAAUUCUCAACAGAUAUUUUAGCAAAAUCUCUUUAUCAUUGAUAUUAUAGGCUAAUCAUCAACCUUUAUGUCCUCCUGUAAGUAACAAAUAUAUUAGACACUUACAGAGUGAGUGUGGUCCUUAGCGAUAUUUUGGUUGCUUAUCAUUGUGAUCUUGAAGCAUAGACUCAUACACAUAAAUUAAGAAAUCAGAUCAACUAUGGAAAUAUGAGGAAA